AUGAUCGCCAACCUACCAGCACACGAGAAGCAAGCCUUCUUCGGCAUUCUCGACGAAUACUUUGCGUCUCGUCCACACCUCCUACCCACGUCCGGCGCUGCAUCGCCCAGCGCUGCUCCCCCUCAACGCGGCGUGGCAGGCUUGACGGAUCGAACCACCGCUGCAGCAGGCAACGCAGCCGGUUCUGCCGCAAGCGCCGCCGUUUCCAAUGCGCUGAGAGAUCAGUUUUCUCGUACGGGCAUCACAUCUAAAGGUCCACCACCCCCCGCACCGAGUGCCAGCAAGAAACCCGCCUUCGGCGCACCGGCAGGGUUGGUUAGCGGGAAGACACUGGGAUCGCUCAACUUGGGCGCACGAACGAUAUCAAGCCAGCAAAUCCCCGCAGCAAGCCCACCAGCUACCGCCAAUGCAAGAACAUUGCCACCACCAGCAAGAACAGGCGCGAGCAUCCCUUCUCCCGCUCCACCAGCAGCACCAGCAGCACCAUCAGCCACAGCAAGCAUCCUUCCCGAAGGCGCAAUCGGCACCGCUCAGGUGCUGUACGACUACGGCGAUGGCACGGAUCCAGACGAUCUCACAGCGUCGGAGGGCGAGCAUAUCUACUUGACCGAGAAAAUCUCGGACGACUGGUGGAGGGGCAUGUCCCAGGAUCAGGCUCGUCAGGGGAUCAUCCCGACUAGCUAUGUGCGACAGCUGUGA